AUGGCGAAGCAUUAUGGUACCCCCAGGCGGACAACAUCGGAUCCUGUUUUACUGCCGCCCUACUCGUCGCGUCUCUUUCGAUCGUCGUUCGUCACGUGUUUCUCCGUGAUUGGAGCCUUAUGCACCGGGCUCUGGGGCUGCGCAUUCGUCGCGUUCAUCGUGCUACUGACUUCGCUCAAUUACUGGCGCGACCCUGUGACAGGGUGGCGCCGUUCCGCCGACAUGGCGUCGGUCAUUGGUGCAGCUACCUACCACGUCUACUAUUGCGCCGUAGUGUGUCAUAAGCCACUCGUGCAGGUUCUGUACGUGCUCGUGGUGGCCAAUUCAGGCUACUGCUACCUACAAGCUCGCAAGGCGCGUGAUCAGAACGUGUCUUCAGCUUGGCACUGCGGGCUGCACUUGUUGAGUAAUGCAGCCAAUGUGUUGCUCUAUCUUGGCGUGUCCAUGUUGCAGUAG